CAAAUUUGCCGAACCUUUUAAAAUGUAUAAACAAAGACAUCUUUUCCUUUUCUCUUCAUCUCCCUUUCUCUUUCGUUACUCUCAAGUUUCAUUCAAUUAAUUACCACAUUAAACCAUGGCUGACGCUGCUAAGAUUGUUAACGUUGUUCUUGCUCUUUUGCUUCCACCUCUCGCUGUCUUCCUCGUUAGAGGUGCCGGUAGGGACUUGUUGAUCAACUGUAUUUGUUGUUGUAAGUAUAAUCGAUUUCCGCCUAGAAUUCGAGGGGUUUUCACGCUCCGUUUCGGCAUGGCUGGACGGACAGGCCUGCUCGAAGCGGAGGCGAAAAACAAAAAAAACACACGACCAGGUUUAACUAACAUUACCAUAGGUUUCAUUUGGUUCCCAGCUAUCUUGCAUGCUUUGUACAUUGUGUUAACAUCGAACUAAGCAGUAUGAUAUUCUAUAACGGUUUGAGCUCUUGAGCCCAUUUUGUCUUUUUU